AUGACGUCGUUACAACUCGGCCGGCAGGUACACGGGGCGGUUGUGGUUAAUGGGUUCUCAUCUGAUACUGCAAAUUCGAAUGCUUUGAUUACAAUGUAUGGGAAAUGCGGUGAUGUUGGUGAUGCAUUGAAGGUGUUUGAUAGAAUGCUUGAGAGGAAUUCAAUUACUUGGUCUGCUGUUAUGUCUGGUUAUGGAAUGCAUGGUUUGUUUGAGGAUGUUUUUGUUGUGUUUGAGAGGAUGAUUUGUGAAGGGAUAGUUCCGGAUGGAAUAACAUUUACUGCGGUUUUGAGUGCUUGUAGCCAUGGUGGGGAGAUUGAAAAGGGGAAAGAGUAUUUUGAGAUGAUGGAGAAGAGAUUUGGUUUGAAGCCGAGUUUGGAACAUUAUACUUGUAUGGUGGAUAUGUUGGUUAGAAGAGGACGAAAUGAAGAAGCUAAGGCUUUCAUUGAAAGAAUGGAAGAUAAACCAGAUGAUGCUCUUUGGCGGGCAUUUUUGGGAACUUCUAAAGCUUCAAGAGAAACACAGAGCAAAUGA